AGAUAAAAACACAUUGUGUGAGAAAACAAAGUUGGAGGAAUUCAGAAUAAGGCGACUCGGGGAGUCUGGCUGGUCGACAUUUCAAUAGGGCGCGGGCCUACACCUUUAGUGAUUUGGUUUGUCCCCGCUUGGAUUCGCACCAACCAACUUGAUCGUCGAACGCUUGCUUCCAACGCACAACGAAUUGCGCGCCGUUUCUCUCCGCAUAAGCCCCGUGCACGGCAACGCCUCCAAGUUCUACAGACUCGACCCGACGUCGCUGACCGGCUACAGUCCGCAGCUCAAGGCAAUCUCGGUGGCGACGGCCGCGUUCCGGGCCCCGCUCUACUACGGCGCGGGCACCGAGGCCAUGCUCUACGGGGGCCUGGCGUUCGCCUUCGCCGAGAGGCUCUUGCGCGCCAUGGACGUCCGGUCCCUGCUCCAAGCGGCCGCCUUCGGCCUGUCGCCCGUGGCGGACUCGAAGGACCGGCUGCUCGAGGCCAUGCGGUGCGCGGACCGCGGCGAGAAGCAGAAGGCCUUUCCUUUCCUGCCGGCGAUGGCUCUGGCUUACGCGGCGUACCGCAAGGCUGUGAACGCCACCCCAGAGCCUCGGCUGAAAGGCUUGGAGGAGUACACUGGGCAGCAGAUCUUCUUCAUGACUGCGUGCUACAGCCUCUGCGAAGAGGGCACCGCGGGACGCCGCCAUUCGCCGGCCUGCAAUGCGGCCGUGCGCAACUUCGCGCCGUUCUCGGACGCCUUUCGCUGCUCUGCCGGUUCUGCCAUGAACCGGAGGGACAAAUGCGCUCUCCUGACCACGUGAUCGCCGCGCUCGCGGUGCCCAUGUAUGGGCGUUGGCGACGAUGGCGUGGCAUUUGUAGACGGACUACGUUCUUUUCUUUUUUUUAUCCGAUAUCAUUGCUUUCUUUGGUUUACGCCGAUUAUUGCAUACCUGUAUUUACGUAUACUACGUCUAUUAUUGCUUUCGUUUACGUAUAUGCGAAGCUUUAGUUCUCUGGUUAGUUCUGGACGAUGUGAAAGUUAAUGACAUGACUCGCUAUUGCCAAGCUUUGUUCCGUCUUUCAGUGUUGAAGGAACAUAUGUUUGAUUUGGUUCUUUUCAUCAGCGUCAAUCCCUGUGAAACUUUCCGCGUCACAAAUCGCUUCUUCUUUUUUUGUGGUUGUGUUAUUCGUGUUAAAAACGCUCGGUUUCGUAGAUAUUUUCGUUUCCCCUGGUGUAACAAACAACGGUCUUGCUAGAAAAUUCUCUGGCAAGAUUUAUGGAAGGGAAGGAAAAAAGAAAGAUCACAUGACAGGGAUUGUGUAAUUUUGUACGGAAAUGUCGUCGGUGAUAUCGCUCCCUUAUACGACACAGGAGGACUGGAAGAUGGCACGACGACACAACGAAUGAAGACACGAGCAAAGAACUCUGCGCUGCCUUUUUGUCAUAUAUUUUUUUUUUGCUUCUGUCUUCGUUGAUUUAGACGCAUCGCUUAUAACGAAUUCAUUGUGUUACCUCAUUGUUCGAAAGACACGUCUAUGGCGACGCAAGGUUGCCAUCACCUGUGCGACCGCAUCAACACCAGAAUGAAGUGAAAAAAUUAUGACUAUGCCUCCGUAUGAGCGACGGUUGAGACAAUGUGGAGAAGCGACGGACAUCGGGAGUUUUCAGGCAAGUGUGUUUGCUGCAGUGUGGGUACUCGGCGAAGGAGAACGCAGCGACUUGCAAGUGCGCCGAAGCAGAGUCCGAAGUACCCAAGUAACGCUGCAUUUUACUAAGAUCCUGUAGGUGGCUGCUGAAGAACCGAAAAUGUAGGAUAAACUUGCGUUUGCGCUUCAUGUAGUAAAGCUUAAUAAAACACUCCGGACAAGUUA